GCAGACCGAGUCGAAGCCGCCGCCGCGGAGGAGGGAGAAGCAGCAGCGCCGCCGCCGCCGCCGACCCGAGAGCAGCCCCAGCACCAGCACCGCCGGCUCCUCUUCCUUCUCCUCCUCCUCCUCCUCCCUCCUUCUUCUUCUUCUUCGCCGACACAACCAUGGCCUCCGGCGUAGCUGUCUCGGAUGGAGUCAUCAAGAUCUUCAAUGACAUGAAGGUGCGCAAAGCUUCCACUCUAGAGGAAGUGAAGAAGCGCAAGAAGGCUGUGCUCUUCUGUCUGAGUGAGGACAAGAAGAACAUUAUCCUGGAGGAAGGGAAGGAGAUUCUGGUGGGCGACGUGGGGGACACCAUCGACGACCCCUACCUGCACUUCGUCAAGAUGCUGCCCGACCGUGACUGCCGCUAUGCCCUCUACGACGCCACCUACGAGACCAAGGAGAGCAAAAAGGAGGACCUUGUCUUCUUCUUCUGGGCGCCUGAGAGUGCCCCCCUGAAGAGCAAGAUGAUCUAUGCUAGUUCUAAGGAUGCCAUCAAGAAGAAAUUUACAGGGAUCAAGCACGAGGUGCAAGCGAACUGCUACGAGGAAGUGAAGGACCGCUGUACCCUGGCGGAGAAACUGGGCGGCAGCUGCGUCAUCAGCCUGGAGGGCAAGCCCUUGUGAGCGCCUCCCCCUCCCCUGCCGUGCCAGCGUCUCCAGAGCUUCCAUGUUAACGGCCCUGUGCUACCGUUUUGGGGUUUUGGUGGGCGGGAUGGGUUUUCUCCCCUUUUUAGUUACGUUCCAGUCUCUUCUGCCUUCUCACCUUUUUAUCCCCUCCGGUGCUCCCCUCCUGUAACAAACAAACAAACCCCACAAGCGGUUGCCUCCCAGCUGUGCAGCUGCUGUUGAAACUUGCCAAACUAACCACGACUCUUCCCCUCCCUCUUCCAAGCCCAGCCAUUAAGGUGACAUUCCUGGGAGGGGGGCUCCACUCCUGGGCUGCCUCCCCCCCCACCCACCCUGUGGGGACCGUCGGCUUCCUCCAUUCCAGCUGUGGGACCACUUUCGUGAGAGAGACUCCACUCCUGGCCAAGGCUUGCAGCGAGGGGGGUCUAUCUAAAGGCAGGGGUGUUCAGGGCCCCUCAUUCCAAAAUUAGCCCAUCAUUCCCAGUGUGUAAAUUUUUUUUUUAACGGUCUCUGUAUGUGUGUUUUGGAAAACAAAUGUGGAAUGGCAGCUGCGUUCCCAGCCCCUUCCCCCCCCCCAUCCCUAUGAUCCACUACCCCCCCCCUCCUUACUGCCAUAGUGGCUUUGUGCUUUGUCCGUAGUACUGUGUAUAAAUGAGAUAUUGUGGAGAAAGUUGCACCCAUCUCAAUGUCGGGGGGGUGGAAUUAACAGAAUAAUGGAAGCAGCACCAAUGACCUUCAAUAAAAAAAACCCACAAAAAGAAAUAA